UUAUUUCAUAACCCCUCCAGCAGAAUACACCGUGCCUGGAUACCCUUGAACUUCAGAGUUUUUGUGACUUCUCCAAACUUCUGUGACCUGACUUCUACCUGCUGCAGUCCCAGGAGAGGACUUUCCACACUGACUUUGACUGAGUGGUACCCACACAUCUCCUACCCAGUGGGCAUCCUUCUUCUUCACCCACCUCCUGGGCAUCAAGGGACCACACAAGAGGCUUUCCUUCAUUAUCGCUGACAGCCCCUGGUAAUGAGGGAUGUGGAGGGGUGGAGCAUCCCUACUGUUCCUCUCUCUGCUACUGCCACUGCUGCCCUCUACUGGCAGGGCACAGAUUGUGCUGACCGAUGAUGAGAUUGAAGACUUUCUGGAGGGAUUUCUGAAGGAACUGGUCCCCGAGGAAGAAGAAGAGGACAAGGGGGAGCCUAAGAGGGAGGAAGAUGAGGAGGAAGCGCUGAUUACUAGAACGGGGAGGAACGAGGAAGAGACCAAUGUAGGAAAAAAGCAAAAGCAACAAAAA